CAUUGUAAUACGUAUUGAAUUAUUUGUUAACGUCACUACCGCCGGGUUGCACAUCGGGCGAUAUCUGUUUUUCCACCCAAUCAGAGCCCAAAUCCAAAUUGUAAGCUGUGUGGUAAAUGUUUUAUUUCAAUUGAUAAGAAAAUAUGAUAUGCCAUUGUAGCACCGAGUAGAAGAAACUAAACCAGCGUUUUUAUCUCACAUUCUCACUAGACCAACACAAUAUUUCAUUCUUGAACAUUUAUUUCGUGUAAGUAUGCAGAUUUUAAUCGUAUAAGUAUAUUAAAAUCAUAAUUGUCGAAGUUCGUCAACAUUUAUUUGUAAUACUUUGUUUACAUCGCUAUUAACUGUUUAAAGAAAGAACGAAAAAUGGCCGCUCAAAUUAAACCAGGCCCAAGCUCAAAUCACGAUAAGUUCAAUUCAAAUCGCAAGCCAGUAUUGUUGGCCAAACUCGAGGGUUGUAGUGAUCAUGUAAACAAGGCAAUUCUAAUUCCAGAAACUGAUGGUGUCAUUAGCGUUUCGAGUGAUCGGUAAAAUAAAUAUUUUUUUUUUAAUAUGCUUGGUUAAGUUUUUAAUUGAUAUUAUAUUUCAUAUAAUAUUAAACAAAAUUGUAUAGUAGUUUGUUUCGAAAACAUUUUGUAAAUAUAUUGGUUGAAGUUUGGCUCUUGAAAUAUUGGCCAAAUACUUAUAUAUAUUUUCUGUGCGCCUUUCUGACCAGUGUCCCAGUGGGGUUCAAUUUUCAAUUUUCUUUUUUCCCACUAAGAUAUGACCUAUUUAGAGGUGCGCGUUUUUAGACUUACAAAAAUUGUAUUGUUCACAGACGUCUGGCUCUCGGAGUCAAAUUUAAACUUAAAAAUAUCGGAAUAUGUUAGUGUUUUCUAUUAGUACCUAUAGUGCUCUAAUAAAGUUUCAAAGUGUUAGAAUUUUUAUACUUCAUUUUUUUUAACCAUUUCAAUGACAAGGCUUUUAAGUUGGUAACAAAUAAUUGUGUUAAAAUUUCAUAUCCUUAAGGGAAAAUGGAAAUUCUAACUUGAGAAUGUUGAUAAGGUAAAGUAGAGGAAUGGAAAAUAUAUGGGUAAUUUUUUAAUAUUUUAACCUUUUUUUUAACUCUAAAAGACAAACUUUUAGAGAUGAACAUUUUUCUCAGACCAUAAGUGGGUACUUUUAAACUUGUUAUAUCUCUAGGGAAAGUUGGAAAAUCUAAAAUCAAUCGCGAAACAUUUGCAAGACGGUGGCACUGAAAAUAUUUGUAUUUGGCGUUUUUCAAUAUUUUUUUUACCACCGAGAAUUAUAUUUCAACCGUCGCACCUAUAACUUCUUAAAUUUUAAGAUGAUUAAGAUAAUUAAUUUUAAGAUGAUCAUUAAUCAUUACAACAAUCAUUAGAUUUAUUUUUUAUGGUACUUGUUUGUUAUCGCCAAACAAUACAAAACAAAUAAAAGUAUAAAUAAUAAAUAUAUUCCUUAACAAUGGGAAUCUUUAUUUCUAUCUUUUAGUAUUUAUCCCAUGAUAGGUGAUCUAUUUUAGGUGGGUAAUGAGAAGAUGGCAUUUUUCUUCAUAUUAGACUUUAGUACGUUGUCAACAUUCGUUAUUGUUAUUACUUACUAUACCUAUGAAAAAUUACGAAAUAAAAUAAAAUAAAUUGUAAUGAUUUAUUUUUAGUAGUUUUCAAUGAUGAUACAGGAAUUAAAUUUGUACAAAAGAAAAAUAUGGUCAAAGUUAGUGAAAUGUGUGAAAAUAGUUUUAAAAUGUCUAUUAAAGAAUCACGAUAAUAUACAAUUUAAUUAUUUAUACUUUUAUUUUUCAUAUUUAUUUCCUAUUGUUUAAUGGGGCGAUAACAAACAAGUACUUUUUUUUCACUGUCAGCUACAUAAACUAGUAUUUAAAAAAAAAGAAAAAAAUGUUUUUGUUAAUUUUAUAUGUUAGAUAAAGGUAGUAUUAAACCAUAAAAUAUACAAAUCAUUGGUUAUUACUAAUUCAUUUGUGUAAUAUAGAUACUUAUUUAUAACUGAUUAAGAUUUCAUUUUAAUACUUGCCAAUAAUUUGAUUUGGGUAUAUUUUGAAAUUAAGUUUUAAAUGAUUAUCUGACAAACUGACUGACACCUAUAUAAAUAUGGAAUGAAUAUAUUAAUUAUGUAUUUAAAAAAAUUUAAUUUAAUAAUAAUAAUAUUUAUUUAGCAGUGUUGGUUUUACAAUUUUUCACAAUUACAAAUAUUUACAAAUUUUACUGCUUCAUUUAUCACUAAGGACGAAAUUAUUGUUUUUAUAGGCGAGUAUAAAUGAAAAGAAAUACAGAAAAUAAAAUAAAAAUAAAAAACAAAACAAUUAAAUAUUAAUAAUAAUAGUAACUAAAUAAAUCUUGUAAACAAAUAAAUUGUUUAUUAACUUUAAUUUAAUUUUAGUUAACAAAUUCAUGUUAUCACAUAUUCCAGACAAAUUUAAGUAUUUUCAAACAUUAUACCUAAUUGUAUUUGAUGCAUAUUACAUUUUAUUUUUAUUUUUAAUCAGUACAAGAUUAAGGUUUUGGGAUGGGAGAAAAUAAGUCAUACAAUGUAUGAGAUGAGGAAUAUAUGGUCAGAUUUUCAAUUUUCUCAUUUUCUGAUUGGCUGGUAAAAAUGUCAUUAAAUCAAAAAACUACUAUAGUAAUUAAUUUUAUUAUUAUUAUUAUUUUACAUACAUUCAAUACAUUUUAUUUACAAUAAGCAUGUCUGAUAGUUCUAUAUUAUAUUAGGACAUGAAUAACAUGAAGGAGUCACCUAAUGGUAAUACUCACUGACAGAGUUAUAAAAAUAAUUAAUAAAUAUAUUUACUUAAAUGAAAAUUAAAAUAUUUUAUAUAUUAUAAUUACUUUUUGAAUUUUGUUGCAAUACUGAUUAUUAAAAUAAGAAAAAAAAGUAUUUAAAAAAAUGAGUUUACAAUAAUAUAUUAAGUCAAGUUAUUUUCAUUAAAAAAAAACCUAUUGGGUGCUAAUAUCAUUAUCUUUUUUAACUUUUGGAAUUUUCAUUAUAUCAAAUUUAAAUUUUCGAGAACGCUAUUCACAUAUACUGAUUGCCAUUUAUUUAUCAACCAAAGUAUUUAAAUGUACUAGAAAAAUUCUCUAUAUUUAUGACAAUAUAAUAUGAAAGAUGAAACUAUCUGUUGUAUUUUCUCUUUUAGAAGUCAUAAUUAAACCUGUAAUUACAGUACUCCAAUGUUAUUUUAUCAGCCAUCUAUUAGAAUGAUAUCACAUAUUUCUGAUAUAAUUAUAGUGUAGGUUAAAAUAAUAUUAUACAUUUUGAUCAAUUCUCGAUAAAAUACUCAUUAUCUCGGAAAGUGUUAAUAUUGAAUUUUGAAUUUUUGUCAACUGAUUGAAGAGAUAUUCUGCUUUUAAGUUUGAGUAGGGGCAGAGUAGUACCAUUUAAACACGGCUAUUCUAACUUAAAAAUGAAAUAUUAUAUCUAAGCACACUCCAGUAUUUCAGGCCGAGGUCCUAGUUAUGGGUUGUUACACCAGUACUCCUUCCAAAAUAAUGAGUACAUCAAUAGAAUGAGUUCCAUAAUCUAUACAUCGGUACAUUGGGUACAAAAUUAUAAGUUGUAAAUAGUUCCCCAACAGUUACUUUAAAACUGUGUGGUGUGUUCUGUACUAUGUUCAAUUGGUAAAAAAGUUCCGAGACCCCAAUGAUAAAAUUUCAAUACAAUGUUAGGGUAAAGUAUUCCUUAGCAACUCAAAAACGUAAUCAGUUUAAUAGUUUAAUAGUGAUCUAUAUUAUAGCUAAGUUUGUUUUUUACUUCAUUCAAAAACUAGCCAAUAAAAAUAAAAGAACAGCGUGUAACUCAUGAAAGUAGAAGUAAAGUGAUGUUUUUUAGAGACUAAAGAAAGAGCAGACUUGGCUUCAAUGUAGAUAUCAUAAUUGGUAGCUUGGUUCUUCUUAAAGGAGAUGGAACUUUUCUCUUUUUAAAGGUUAGUUCUUUGUUGGGAUUUUAAUUAAUUAAAUUAAUUCUUCAAUUAUAUUGAAUUUGAGCUGUUAAAUUUUAGUAAACUACUCAUAAAAAUGAUAAUGAGAAUAAUCUCACAGAAACAAUAUACCGUGGGUACAGAGGUAGGCUACUAAUUUAGUACACAAUCUUGAUAGUUUUGGUAUUUUUUAAUUUUUGUUAAUCAAAUAAUCAGUUUAUUUAUACAUUUUAGAUCUGUUCGAGUAUGGUUGAAAAGAGAUUCUGGUCAAUAUUGGCCUAGUAUUUGUAAAUAUCUACCAUCACCAGCUGUGGAUUUAUUAUACCGACCAACUACUCGGCAAUUAUUUGUGGGACAAGAAAAUGGAACAAUUUCUGUAAGAAUGAUAAAUAAUAAUAACAAUAACAGAAAUGUAGAAGUAGUCUUAUAAUCAAAAUUUAUUUAUUUUUUAAAUUUUGUAAACAAUUUACCUCUACGGUUUAUUGAGGUAACUAAGUUUAAAAUUACUAUUUUAACUUAUUUAUAGUUUUAUUUAGUCUGGGUAUGCGAUGUUUCGUGAAUGCUUUGUUUACAUUUAAUGGGAUACAGGGAAGAAUGAUAAUAGUUAAUAUUCCUAAAAUUCUCAGUAUUGCAGUUUUAAAGUUUCAGAACUAUAUUAAAACCUUAUUAAACUGUAUAUUUAACCCUUUGUUAUAUUACUGACUGUGAUCUUUAUGUACCAACUUUAUUAUAUUAAUUAAUAAAUAAAUAAAUGAUAGUAUUACAAUUAUACUAUAUUUUCUUUAUUAACUUUUUACUAUUAUCAGUUUUUCCCAUAGCCCUUUAGUUACAUUAAUUUAUUGUAUUAUACAACGUUUGAUCUGAUGAAAUUUGUACCUAUUGAGAAAAUGUAUUUUUUAUCCUAUAAUUAACAAUUUAAAAUUAUUCUGUUAAUAGUUUAUUUGAUAUUUAUUAAGUGUUAUUAUUUUUUAUUUUCAGUAUAUACCUAAUAUGUAGAAAAAAGAUUUGUUUAACUGGUUAUUUCAUUAACUUAGGAAUUUAUAUUGGAAGAAGAUUUUAACUGCAUGGAAUCUGUUGGGGAUAUUUUGGCACAUUAUGGCCGCAUUACUGGAAUGAUCUGGACAGAGAUAUCUAUUGAUGGUGUUUUGGAACAAUGGAUUUUAAGUACAUCACGUGAUAAGAGAUUUCAGUAUCAUAAUGCAAAAACUACUAAUCCAAUUGGACCACCUUUCGUUUGCACAUCAUGGUGUACAUCUUUAGAGUAUCCUUUUAAUUUAAAUUUUGUGUAGUGUGUAAAAUAUAUAUUUUAGUAUAAUUUUGUACUAAUCUCAAUUUAAUCUUUGUUAUAGUAUAUAUUUUUCUUAUAUUAUAAAUAAUCAGAUAUGAUUUAGAAUCUGCCCAUGUUUUUGUUGGAGAUUAUGCUGGUAAUAUUUCAAUGCUCAAUAUUAAAGCUGAAGGAUUGCAACUCGUAACAACAUUGACUGGUCAUACUGCAUGUAUUGAUAAGCUUGUUUGGGAUUCAUCUUCAAGACGUUUAUUUUCAGCUGGUCAUGACCGUUUAAUUAUUGUUUGGGAUAUUGGUGGUGGCCAAGGAACAGCAUAUGAACUUCAUGGACAUACGUAUGCAUUUUUUAAUUUCUAAAUUAAUGUUAUUUAUUAUGUCAAUUCCUGAUAAAUGAGUUAUGAUAAAUAUUGUUGCACAGAAACUUAUACAAUUUUAUUGUAAUUAAUUAUUUACUUUUGUAUACAAAUUUAAAACUGUUAAUUUUGAUGUGAUAAAAGGGUAGUUAAUUUUGUUUAAUUAAGUAGAAUUUAUUAAUAAAAUGUGAUAUCGUUUAAUACUGAUAGAUUUAAUGUUUUUACACAUUAUUACUGAGUAUAUUAUGUAGUUGUUUGAAUUAAAAAAAAUAUAGACAUUUAACAUUGAGUUCACAGGAAAAAGUUUUUUUUGCAUAUUAGAGCAUAUUUCAGAGAUUUCAGUAAUUUUAGCUUAUUUAGCACACUUUAGAAUAAUUUAUAUUUGUAAUUUUAAAUUAUAAAAAACAAAAAUAUGCACUGACUGGAUACUAUUAAGUCACACCUUUACCAAGUGUAGUGGCUAAUCUACUGACAGUUAGAUUCAUACAGAUAAGAACAAUAUAUAUACAAUUAUCCAAUAUUUUUUAAAGCAUAUUUAACGCUUUAUACAAGUACAAUCAAAUUAAAAAUAACAAUUUUUAUUUUAUAUUGUAAUAAUUUGUAAUCUAUAAUAAUUAUUAUAAUUAUGUACAUAUCAAAACAUAUUUUUGGUUUAAUAAUUAUUUUUGCAUUAAAAAAAACAAUAUAUUUUUUAAUUUUAGAUUCAGAACUCAGGAAUGUAUUUGUUUUAUAAUGAUGUUUAUUUUUCUUCUUUUUUAUUAUUCUGUAAACAACUCUUUUAUUAAAAUUGUUGCUUCGAUGUAUCAAGUGUAGCAAUUUUCUGAACAUUAAAAUCUGGACAAUGUUAAUAAAAAAAUCCUCUUGAUAGUUUAUUCAGCUAUUUUUUAAUCAAUAUAUAUGCUCUCACAUACAAUUAUGUGCUAAUCGCAAAACAAAUCAAACUAUUAUCCAAAUUUUGUAGUGUGCACUAUAUCUUAGACAUCACCAAAUAUUUUUAAAUAUUAAAUAUUUCAAAUAUUCUGAGAAACAUUUUAUUUAUAGUAAUCGAGUUACAUCUUUGGCAUUUGUAUCUGCAAAAAAUCUAUUAAUUUCUGCUGGUGAAGAUUCAAUUGUAAUAUUUUGGGAUUUAAAUGCUGACAGAAAAGAAGUGAGUAUUAAAGUUCAUAUUUUAUAUCAUAAAACUCUUUAUAAAUUAAAUGUAUGAUAAAUAUAUAGAGAAUACUAUUUAUCUAGUAUAAUUUUUUUUUUUUUUUAUGGAUUUGUAAAGAAAUUUUUAAAAAUUUUGUAGACUCCACCUUGGGCUGAAUCAGACAACUGCGAGACAUGCAGUCGGCCAUUUUUGUGGAAUAUCACAGGAAUAUUUGAACGCAAACAAUUUGGAUCAAGACAGCAUCAUUGUAGAUCAUGUGGCCGUGCUCUUUGUGAUAAAUGUAGUCAAGAUAAGUCAACAAUUCCUUCUAUGGGAUUUGAGCUUCCUGUUCGAGUUUGUAAAUUCUGUAGUAAUAAUAUAGAGUAAGUUUAAUUAAAAAAAAAUUAUUAUAAUUAUAAUACAGUUUAUGGUUUAAUAAAUUUAUAAAUAUUAUAUUGUUUAGCCAUACACCUAUGGCCAUAUUUCAUGAUGCUAAACAUAGUGUCACAUCAAUUACAAUGGAUUUACUGCGAAAAUGUGUACUCACUAUUGGCCAGGAUCGUGUUAUAAAAAUUUGGGAUGUAUCAACACUUAUAUAAACAUUUUGGAUUUAUAAUUACUUAGUUUUUUCUAUAACAAAUUGUUAAUAAGCCAAAGCAUUUAAAACAUGUAUAUAUUAUCAAAAUACUAAAUGGAAAAAGUUAUUUAAUUAUAAUAUAUUAUGCCAUUGAUUUUAUAUUAUAAAAUCAAUGUAUAUACAUAACUUUAUACUAUAUUCAUAUUACAUAAUUUACAAUAUUAUACCCAUAAUAAAAUAUAUUAACAAUCAAUAUAUAUUUAUUUAUACUAGUAUAUUAUAUACAUUAUUCAUUAGUUAUUUUAUAUAAUAUAUUAUUAAUUGAGUAGUAAGUAAAUUUAAUUACAAAGAUUAAGUAAAACCAGUAUUCUGUUAGUCACCUAAAAUAAAGAAAACUUUUAUAAUUUUACUUGAAUUUAAUAAUAAAUUUUCAAUAAUGGUAAUUUUAACAAAGUUAUUCCAUAAAUUACUGUGUAUUUUAUACAUUUAAUAAAAUGUUUUCCUUUAAAUUUUAAUAAUUAUUUAUAAACAAAUUAUGGAUACUGGUUUUUCUAAGUUUUAAUCUUGUUUUCAUUAAUUUUUGUUUUGUGUGUUUUAUUUUUAAACUUAGCAAUUUAUGUUCUAGAAAUUAGUUAUGUUAGCAAAUUAAUUUGUAUUGAUUAAUAACCAUCUUUUAUACAUUUUACUGUUAGAGACAUAACUAAAUUAAGGCCUAUCCUCAAAGUACUACAUGAGAGUACUAUGAAAGUGUUAAUGUUCAAUAAAAUUCAAAUUUAGUAUGCUUGUCAAGUCUUAAUUAGUCUCAAACCGAUUUUAUUUUCUUAGUGUGUCAUUAAUAGUAAUAGUCUAUUAAUUUAUUGCUUAUCUAGAACUCACAAUAUGUGAAAAAUAAUAAAAUAGUUUUGUGAUUUAUUUAUUGAAAAUAUAUUAUACCAUAUCAAAAUGUAUUAUUUAUAUACCAUACCGAUUUAUUAUGAAAUCAAUCAAAUUUCUAUGUUAUUUUACAUUCCAAUAAUUAAAUCCAUGGAUAUUAGUUAUAAUUAUUAUGUAUUUUAUAUAGUUCCCUCUAGUUUUGUAAUACAUUUUCUGUUUGUAUCCAUAUAUGUUUGUAUAUGUCAAGUUUAAGAAAAUGUAAUAAUUGUUCAAUAUACUAAGUAAUAAAUACUUAACAUAUAUACAAAUAUACUAC